AUGUCGGUCUCCGGCGCUUCCUCGUUCAAACUUGGCACUGCUUCCAUCGACGAUGUGAGGCCCAUGAGAAUAGUCAUUAUUGGCGCGGGAUUUAGUGGUAUCACGGCUGGUAUUAGGUUCCCUCAACGGCUGCAAAAUAUUGACUUUACAAUUUAUGACAAGAAUGCGGGAAUUGGAGGAACGUGGCUCACAAACAAAUAUCCUGGACUGGCGUGUGAUAUCCCAUCUCAUUGUUAUCAACUUACUUUCGAGGAGAAUAUUCAAUGGUCCGCCUUUUAUGCUCCUGGGCCCGAGAUCCGUGCAUACCUUGAACAUGUCGUUGACAAGUUCAAAUUAAUGCGAUAUAUCAAGUUACAACACGAGAUUGUUCACGCACGCUUCGACGAAGCGAGUGGAAAAUGGCAUCUGAGAAUUCGUCGUCCUAUGUCGGAUGCCCCUCCCGGGAGUAUACAGUAUGAGACAUUUGACGACACCGCGGAUUUCGUCUUUGCCGGCCUCGGGGCACUGAGUAGAUGGUCAUGGCCCGACAUCCCCGGUUUGAACGAUUUCAAGGGAAAGCUGUUGCAUUCUGCUGACUGGGAAACGGAUGAAAAGGGACUUUGGCAGGAAGGUGUGAAAGACUGGGGGGAUAAGAAAAUAGGUGUAAUCGGUGUUGGUUCCUCGGGACUGCAGAUUGUACCAGCCCUACAGCCGCGCGUCAAACACUUGUACAACUAUGUUCGAGGAAAGACGUGGCUUGCUCCACCAUUCGCUUCGCAUAAGCUAUUGGAAUUGAUGAAGCGCGAUCCGAACGCUGAGAACUAUGAGUUCACUGAUGAAGAUCGGAAAUCAUUUGAGGACCCCGUACUCUAUAAACAAUUUAGACAUGAUCUGGAAAGCGAACUGAAUUCAGUGCAUUUCGCUACUAUCAGAGGCUCUGAGAUGCAGAAGGGGGCACGAAUUGCGUUUAAAGAUUCUAUGAUUAAACGACUCGCGAAGAAACCUUGGAUCGCGGAUCAUCUCAUCCCCGAUUUCUCCGUUGCCUGCAGAAGACUGACUCCUGGGCCAGGUUACCUGGAAGCUCUUUGCGAAGACAACGUGGACUUCGUGCCGACUCACAUCAAGCGCAUCACAGAAACUGGAAUAGAGCUUGUUGAUGGAUCACAUCAUAAUCUAGACGUCCUUAUUUGCGCUACAGGGUAUGAUACGAGCUUCCGGUAUCCGUUCUCAAUUGUUGGCAGAGGCGGAAAGACCCUGAAUGAACGUUUUUCUCCACAUCCUGUGACGUACCUCACAGUUUGUACAGAUGGCUUUCCGAAUUGGUUCAUGUCACUCGGUCCAAAUUCUGGUGUCGGCUCAGGUUCAUUACUCGUUCUUAUCGAGCGUCAGAUCGACUUUGCGGUCGCCGCUGCAAUGAAGCUACAACGAGAGCACUUGAAGACCAUUGAACCGAAGGCGGAAGCUGUCGCAGAUUUCGACGAAUAUCUAGAGACCGUAUACAGUGAGAAGUGUCGAUCAUGGUACAAGAUGGGAAAAGAGGAAGGCCGAAUCGUAGGCCUUUGGCCAGGAUCAUGUCUUCAUGCCGUGCGUGCGCUGACCUUCCCUCGUUGGGAGGACUUUAAUUACAAGCCUCUUGACGAGCCCGAGACACGUAACCGUUUCUAUUGGCUUGGAGAUGGUUCAACGUAUAGUGAGAAGUAUAUGGUUGGAGAUCGCGCUUGGUAUCUGAAUCCCGAGGAAGUCGACAUCCCUCCAGGUGCGUAA